AUGAUGGAUUCCUCACCGGAGAUGGAACGUUUCGGAAUUUCUGAAGCCGAUUAUGAGUACAUGUUCGAUCCCCUUAAGCGAAAAAGAUUUUCUUCGAAAAAACAACAGAUAUAUGGUGUGUUUGCCUCCGACUCGGACUCUGAUGCGGAACCCACUGGUAUGGGGUCUGUUGCCUCUUUGCGCAAACGCAAGGGUGGAACCUACUCUGGACCUGUAACAUUUGUUAGCGGUGGAGUGAAGGAGGGAACAGCUAGUAAACCUGAGGAAACAACUGCAGACCUGGAAAUAUCGGAUGAGGAAGAGGACAAGGAACUCUCGGCCUUAUCUAGAUCAACUGAACUAUCAUCGGGCGCGGAGAAGCAUCAAUCUGCCUCUCAUCCUUCCACCUACCGUAGCAGGAAGGUAGCAGCUGCUUUAGCAAGUAACAACUCCGGCGGAAUUGGAUCCUGGGAGCGCCAUACCCGUGGCAUAGCUGGACUUCCGCGGUACAAGAAGAAGUCAGCUGCGAGAGAAACCGGUAGCCAAAAACCUCGAGCUCCUAGCACUGCUUUCCUGACGGCAGAUGAGGUUAUUGCCAGCGUCAGUCCCGCUACGCCAAUGGCUGCAAUUCGAAGUCUUGGUUCUGGUCGUAUUAAUAGUGAUCUCAGCAAAGUCAAGGUGAUUGACAUGACUACCCGUGAGCAGAGGGUUUAUGAUGGAUACGAAGCCGCCCUUUCCAGUUCUCUGCGUCACAGCAAGCGACCAGAAUUUGCGGAUCAGGCUGGGGGUCCAGAUGACAGUGCUAAGCAACGUGAACGCCGUGUUGAGGGUCGUUUCUUUGAAGUUCCCGUCCUUUGUCACAACAUCGACUUGGUCAUACAGUCCACCGAAGAUGAGAUUCGACGGCUUGAUCGCGCAGCUCGAUUUGAGGAGGACAGAUCGGCGGGUCUCGAGCAUGAAAUCGAACGCCUAACUGAUAAAAUCCGGCGAGCAACCUCGAUUCUGGAAACAACGGCGAUCUUACUCUGUCCAUUCAGCGGCAGCCUCGCCGCUAGUGGAUGGCAAUUAAUCCCCAUGGGUGCCUUCUGGUCAGAGGUGCAGCUUGAGAAUAAUGUUGACUUACCCGUAUUUAUGGACAAGCCAACCGACGCGGCGAUCUCAUUCACCCGUGACACUACAUACUGUAGAUCACCAAAGCUGGAGGAUAGCAGGAACGUAUCGUCGGCGUAG